AUGGCUCCCGAUUGUAUCGACAUCAAGCCAGAGAACGGAUGGGAAGGUGCCACGCCCAAUCAUUCCCACGUGUCCUUGAAAUGGCUGAUGUGGACAGAGAGAAGCCUGGGCACGAGAAUCCAGCAUGCGCGUCAGGGCGGAGAAUUCAGCAUUCCCCUUGGAUCUCGUGUGUAUACUGUCGACGGUUACGUUGCAGAAACGCGUACCAUCUACAAGUUCCAUGGGUGUUUGUUCCACGGUUGCCGCGACUGCUUUCCCAAAGCAAACCAGAUUGCCUUUGCGUCCGCUGGUCUUACUGUGGAAGCCCUUCGUCGCCAAAAAGCCCAGAAAACUGCCACAUUGCAACGAUUGGGGUAUACCGUCGUUGAAACGUGGCAGUGUCAGUGGGAAAAACAAAAGAAAUCUAACCCAGAUCUUCGCAACCUCCUCCAGUCCUUCUCCAUCACCACACUCCUUCAACCGCGUGAAGCUUUCUUUGGUGGAAGAACUGGGGCGACCACGCUCUACCAUCGUGUCGACCCCACCCAAGGAGAGCAGAUCCGGUACGUCGAUGUCACCUCUGAGUACACCUGGGUGAACAAAUACGGAGAGUACCCCAUCGGUCAUCCCACCAUCUACCUGGAACCUGCCAAUCAAGACCCCUGCGCCUACUAUGGCCUUAUGAAAGUAUCCAUUCUCCCACCUACUGACCUGUUCAAGCCUGUCCUCCCACACCGUCAGAAAAUUGGUUCCGCCUUUAAACUUACCUUUCCUCUCUGCCGUUCCUGCGUCAGAGAAGAAUCGGUAAAAGCCAUGCAAGAAAGAAAUCACGUCUGCCCCCACACCGACGAGGAACGGAUGCUGACCAGAACGUGGUGUACCCCCGAAAUCCAUAAAGCCAUCGAAAUGGGUAUCAGCUGA